UUUUGCUAGCUCUAGUUAGAUAAAGAGAAGAAGAAGCUAAGCAGCAGCGCUGUAAUGUGUUAGAAAGAGAUUGAAAUUAUAUUUAUUAAACUAUUACAUUAGAAGCCAUGGAUGUAGUUUUAUAUAUAAUAGCUGCUGUUAUCCUCGUCGUUCUGAUUUUAUUUGCGGUAAAGCUGCAGGGGAAAACACGCAACGCUGAUGAGGAGCAUCAGAGGGAGGUUGUCCGGGCAGCGGGGGCCCCUCCGCGGCCCCUGGAGGACCGGGGAGCCGGGAUGCCUCGCAGGAGGAGGAACAACCUUGCUGCUAUGAUGGCUAACCGGCGCCCACAGAGACCAGAGCAAGACGAGGAGCCUGGAGAGGAUGAAGAGGUGGAGCAGCAGAACAUCCAGCCUACAGCCAAGGUUGGAGCCAAGAAACUGAAGAAGCAGGAGGAGAAAGAAGCCAGGAAGGCCCAGAGAGAGGCAGAGAGGGAGGAGAGGGAAGAACGGAAGAGAAUGCAGGAGCUCAGGGAGCAGGAAAGACGCCAGGAGGAGGAGAAGGAGCGACUGCAGGAGCAGAAGCAGGAGGAGGAGGAGCGCCGAACUAAAGAGGAGCAGGAGCGGCGGGAGGAGGAGGAGUACCUUAAACUAAAGUCCUCAUUUGUCAUCGAGGAGCAGGGGGAGGAGGAGCAGCUGUCUGAGGAUCAGUCUCGCAACCUGCUGCAGGACUUCAUCCAGUACAUUGAGAGCUCCAAGGUGGUCCUCCUGGAGGACCUGGCCUCACAUUUUGGGAUCAGGACGCAGGACGCCAUCUCCAGACUGCAGGACCUGUUAGCUGAAGGAACCCUCACAGGCGUCAUCGACGACAGAGGGAAGUUCAUCUUCAUCACACCUGAGGAGCUGGACUCUGUGGCCCAGUUCGUCAGACAGAGAGGCCGAGUCUCCAUCACAGAGCUGGCCCAGGCCAGCAACUCUCUCAUCAAUCUGAUCCCAGAGAGCCGCAACGCCGCGUGAUCCAGACCCUGCUCCUCAUGAGGACGACGGAUGGGACUAAGAACCGGACCGUCAGGAACAGGAUCACGACACAGAUUGUUAUGCGAAGGGUUGGUUUGGUACUCAGCAACUAUUAAAAUAUUUAACAAGA